CCAUGUCGCAAACUCUCAUCCUCUGCUUUCGGGCCUUUCAAGCCCUCGCGGCUGCUGCUGGUAUCGGCUUGGCAGCAUACGUUGUGAAUUGGCAUCUCAGGGGCCCGCACCUUUCGACGCCACCCUCAAUCAGCUUCUUCCUCUUCUCUUCAAUCUUUUCCGUCUUUUCCAUCUUAUAUCUCGUAUUCGCGCCACGGUUUGCCCCGAAAGCUACCCACCCAAAGAUUUCCUUGAGCGUUGAAGCCAUCAACUGUAUCUUCUAUUUUGCAGGAUUCAUUGCUGUGGCCGUCUGCCUGGGUGAUCUGGCCUUUUGCACCGGCUCAGUCUGCAUGGCAGGCCGUGGUACUGCAGUGCUUGCAGCGGCACAAUUCAGCUUGUGGAUGGGUUCUGCCAUUAUUGCGGCCAAGGCCAUGGUCAGGGAUGAGAGACGGACGAAGUUGCUUAGCAGGAGACGAAACACCCAGAGGAACUUUGAGCGCGUUUGAUCAAGUAUGGGAUACAUACAUAUAUUGGAGAGUAUGAGUGGGAAGAGAGAGGGACCGUACAGACUGCAGAAUGAGUAUACCUAGACAGAGGCUUAUUGGGCACAUUCAUCUUAUGAGUAGCAUGAGUUAUGACUAGAAACAUGGCGGCCAAAUACAUGUAGCAUGCGAGUUCGGUAGCUCUGGCGGCAUUCUGGUUGAGACGGGAUAGGUGAAGUACUUGUAGCUACCUAGGUAGUUUAUGUAUGCAGUUGAAAAAGUCUUUUAU